AUCUGUAAGACUCCAGGGUCUUCAACAUGAUUAUCUGAUGGUUCCUCAAGUAACUGGGAAAGCAAAUGCUUCAAGUACCAGUUGAAGAGUGUGUAUAUUUAAAAAUCUUCUCUCUAUACAUGCACAUUUACACAAGAAGACAGGCUUAUCCUUGUGCACAUCUGAGAGUUUAUAACUGAUGAAAAUUGAUUUAAGAAUCAAAUGGAGCAACUUGACACCACUGGGCUCAGGAGCUCAGGGAGAAAAAUAUAUCAUUAAUGGCCAGUUUUCCAUAUGGUGUUCAUAGGUAAAGAAAGUUUGCAAAAAGAAGAAAAAAAAAAUUUCAGUUUAAGCCUCAAAAUACCUCUCCAGUUUAAAGAAAGAACUAAGGGAGAAAGUGACCAAGGGAGAAAUGUGAAUUCAGAUCUUGUAGGUGGGGUCAUGAAGUGUUUUUUGCACUUUAUUUUUUGUUGGGUUUGGUGAUUUGGACAGACUUUAAGAUUCUGGACUGAAAAAUAACUUUUACUGUGGUUGUGGCUGGAGAAAAGCAAGUUCAAGUGUGAUGGGACAAGUCUGAACAGUGAACUGAUUCCUUUGCCUUUAUCAGUUAACUAUAUUUGAAGAAUUUUAACUUAUCUUUUCCCUUUUCCUUUUCUGCAUCUAUAGGAUAUUAUCUUAAAAUAGCAAUUGGAAUCGAUAAUUACAAAAUAAAUAUCCAGGAAAACCCAAGCAAAGCUUCCAUUUCCUUGGACUAAAGGUGUGGAAACAGGCCCUAAAUGUGACCAGGAAGGCGCUCAUCAUCAAAGCCCAGUGCACUCUAGGGAGACUGUAUGGUGUAGGAAACUCUCAUCUGGCCUGGGUGUGUGAUGAAGAGAUUGUCUGCCCUCUUGAGUCUAAGAAGAUUUGCAUGUAAGAGGAAGAUUACUUGAUGGACUUAAUUCUGAAAUUACUUUUUUUCAUUAAAAUAGAAAAAUACUUGCUUUUUAGGAGAAGCAAAGUGGAGAAGUAACUAGGAAGUAAGAAAGGAGUUGAGAAAAUCCUGCAGCAUGACUCUUUGUGAGGAAGAGGAAGUAGGACUCAUCCAAGGCAAAUAUUUGGUUCACUUUAAUAGCUUUAGCCUCUGUCUCUGCCAAGAGAAGCGGCUUACUAUCUAGCUCUAUGGCAUGGAAGGGUGCGCUGGCCAGUGGAAGAGUCAUCCUAGGGAGCCUUGCAUUCCCUGGGUCCACAGGUCCCAGCUUUGAGGCAGGAAGUUUUUGGUUUUGAUCAGUGGAGGAAAGUUUUUCUUCUAAAAUUUGGACUUCUGUCUGCACAAACUGUGGUCUGUUUUGCAUGGUGUGUGUGCCUUUUUUCCCUUUAUGCAAUCUUUUUCAGCUUCAGCAGCAGCAAUUUGUCUAGCUCAGAAAACAUGGCAGAGGAUGACUUCAGAAAAUGAUCCUGUGUGUUCUCUGUCUACACCUGAACUUCAGAAUGAAAAGAAAAUUCCAGCUAGAGGGAUUCUUAAAGCCUUAAGUUACUUGAAAUCUAUGUGUUUGCAACCCUUUGUCUCUGGAAUCACAUUACACAAAACUGGAAUCUCAGGCUGAAUGAGAAUAACCAAGUCAAGUAAAACAGAAGAGAUUCUGUGUCUUGAUCACCACUUAUUGAUGAUGCUCGUUCUCCAAAGGAUCAGCACAUUCCUUUCCUCUUCUAAGGACUUGAAAAUAAAAAUGGACCCCAUGUUUUUUUAGGCAUUACCUUUUCUUAGCAGACUGCCAUCAUCUUUUAUAGAGGAAUUUUUUCACUAUGCAUUUGGUGGAUCUUUAUAAAAUACUGACCUUCUAAUUGGUUCCAGGUCAGUCUUAAUUAAAUAGGGGACAGAAGCAACGCAAGAUAACCACAAAAAUAAAAUAAAUAAACCAAUGAAAGAAAUUGGUUCAAAGUUUUUGGUAUUAAGCAUUACUUUUUAAGUAAAGUAAUUUAUUGAAAAAAGUAUGUAUGCAGCAGUGGAACAUGGGCCUGUGCUUUGCAGCGACUCCAACAUCCUCUGCCUGUCCUGGAAGGGGCGUGUUCCCAAGAGCGAGAAGGAGAAGCCUGUGUGCAGGAGGCGCUACUAUGAGGAAGGCUGGUUGGCAACAGGCAAUGGACGAGGUGUGGUGGGGGUGACUUUCACCUCCAGCCACUGCCGCAGAGACAGGAGUACUCCGCAGAGGAUAAACUUCAACCUUCGGGGCCAUAAUAGUGAGGUUGUGCUGGUGAGGUGGAAUGAGCCAUACCAGAAAUUGGCCACAUGUGAUGCGGAUGGAGGAAUAUUUGUAUGGAUUCAGUACGAAGGCAGGUGGUCUGUGGAGCUAGUCAAUGACCGAGGGGCUCAGGUGAGUGAUUUCACAUGGAGCCACGAUGGAACUCAAGCACUCAUUUCAUAUCGAGAUGGGUUUGUGCUGGUCGGUUCCGUCAGUGGACAAAGACACUGGUCAUCUGAGAUCAACUUGGAAAGUCAAAUCACAUGCGGCAUAUGGACUCCUGAUGACCAACAGGUGCUGUUUGGCACAGCUGACGGGCAGGUGAUUGUCAUGGACUGCCACGGCAGGAUGCUGGCCCAUGUCCUCCUGCAUGAGUCUGAUGGCAUCCUCAGCAUGUCCUGGAACUACCCCAUCUUCUUGGUAGAAGACAGCAGCGAAAGCGACACAGACUCGGAUGACUACUCCCCUCCCCAAGAUGGACCUGCAGCGUACCCUAUCCCAGUGCAGAACAUCAAGCCUCUGCUCACCGUUAGCUUCACCUCAGGAGACAUCAGCUUAAUGAGCAACUACGAUGACUUGUCUCCAACGGUCAUCCGUUCAGGGCUGAAAGAGGUGGUAGCCCAGUGGUGCACGCAGGGAGAUUUGCUGGCAGUAGCUGGGAUGGAGCGGCAGACCCAGCUCAGUGAGCUCCCCAACGGUCCCCUUCUGAAGAGUGCCAUGGUCAAGUUCUACAAUGUUCGAGGGGAGCACAUCUUCACAUUGGACACACUUGUGCAGCGCCCCAUCAUCUCCAUCUGCUGGGGCCACCGGGACUCACGGUUGUUGAUGGCGUCAGGACCAGCCCUGUAUGUGGUUCGUGUGGAACAUCGGGUGUCCAGCCUGCAGCUGUUGUGCCAACAGGCCAUUGCCAGCACCCUGAGAGAAGACAAGGAUGUCAGCAAGCUGACCUUGCCCCCCCGCCUCUGCUCCUACCUCUCUACUGCCUUUAUCCCUACCAUCAAGCCCCCAAUUCCAGACCCCAACAACAUGCGAGACUUUGUCAGCUACCCCUCGGCAGGCAAUGAGCGGCUGCACUGUACCAUGAAACGCACUGAGGACGACCCAGAGGUGGGCGGCCCAUGCUACACACUUUACCUAGAGUACCUGGGUGGGCUGGUGCCCAUCCUCAAGGGGAGACGCAUCAGCAAACUGCGGCCAGAGUUUGUCAUCAUGGACCCAAGGACAGACAGCAAAUCAGAUGAGAUCUACGGGAACAGCUUGAUUUCUGCUGUGAUCGACAGCUGCAACUGCUCGGAUUCCAGUGACAUCGAACUGAGUGAUGAUUGGGCUGCCAAGAAAUCUCCCAAAAUUUCCAGAGCUAGUAAAUCACCCAAACUCCCAAGGAUCAGCAUUGAGGCCCGCAAGUCUCCCAAGCUUCCCCGGGCUGCUCAGGAGAUUUCCCGGUCUCCCCGUUUGCCCAUGCGCAAGCCCUCCAUUGGCUCACCAAGCCUGGCGCGGAGAGAAUUUCCUUUUGAAGACAUCACUCAGCACAGUUACCUUGCUCAGGUCACAUCCAAUAUCUGGGGAACCAAAUUUAAGAUUGUGGGCUUGGCUGCUUUCCUGCCAACCAACCUCGGUGCAGUAAUCUAUAAAACCAGUCUGCUGCAUCUCCAGCCACGGCAAAUGACUAUCUAUCUCCCAGAAGUUCGGAAGAUUUCCACGGACUAUAUUAAUUUACCUGUCUUCAACCCAAAUGUUUUCAGUGAAGAUGAAGAUGAUUUACCAGUAACAGGAGCAUCUGGUGUCCCUGAAAGCAACCCACCUUGUACCGUGAACAUCCCUAUCGCACCAAUCCACAGUUCUGCUCAAGCUAUGUCCCCUACACAGAGCAUAGGGCUGGUGCAGUCUCUGCUAGCCAAUCAAAAUGUGCAGCUGGAUAUCCUGACCAAUCAGACAACGGCUGUGGGGGCGAUAGAACAUGCAGGAGACAGUGCCACCCAAUACCCAGUCUCUAACCGGUACUCCAACCCUGGACAGGUGAUUUUUGGAGGGGUGGAAAUGGGCCGCAUCAUUCAAAACCCUCCUCAGUUGCCCUUGCCACCACCGCCACCACCACCACAAGGAGCUGUGCAGCUGUCUGUGGUGGACCAUGGAGACCGAGAUCACGAGCACUUGCAGAAGUCAGCCAAGGCUUUGCGGCCAGUGCCUCAGCUGGCAGCUGAGGGGGAUGCAGUGGUUUUCAGUGCCCCCCAGGAGGUCCAGAUGACGAAGAUGAACCCUCCUCCCCCCUACCCAGGAACCAUUCCUGCUGCCCCCACCACGGCAGCACCCCCGCCCCCUCUGCUACCACCACAGCCCCCAGUGGACGUGUGCUUGAAGAAGGGUGACUUUUCCCUCUACCCCGCAGCAGCACAUUACCAGCCCCCCCUGGGCUAUGAGAGGAUCACCACCUUUGACAGCAGUGGCAAUGUGGAAGAGGUGUGCCGGCCUCGAACUCGAAUGCUCUGUUCCCAGAACACCUACACCCUUCCUGGCCCAGGCAGCUCAGCCACCUUGAGACUCACGGCUACUGAGAAAAAGGUCCCCCAGCCCUGCACCAGUGCCACUCUGAACCGCCUAACCGUCCCUCGCUACUCCAUCCCCACAGGUGACCCACCUCCAUAUCCCGAAAUUGCUAGCCAGCUGGCCCAGGGGCGGAGCGCUGCCCAAAGACUGGAUAGCAGCCUCAUCCACGCCACCCUACGGAGGAACAACCGUGAGGUUGCACUCAAGAUAGCCCAGCUGGCUGACAGCUGCCGGGCCCCACUACAGCCUCUGGCCAAGCCCAAGGGUGGUUCUGGUGGGGCAGUGGCACAGCUUCCAGCACGGCCCCCACCAGCCCUGUACACUUGCAGCCAGUGCAGUGGUGCAGGGCCCAGCUCACAGUCAGGUGCCGUCCUGGGCCAUGCUCUCAGCAACUCCCCGCUGGCUUCCCAGUCCUCCUACAACCUCCUGAGCCCACCCGACAGUGCCCGAGACCGCACUGAUUACGUCAACUCAGCCUUCACAGAGGAUGAGGCUCUGUCCCAGCACUGUCAGCUUGAGAAGCCCCUGAGGCAUCCCCCACUGCCCGAAGCCACUGUCACUAUGAAGCGGCCUCCCCCUUAUCAGUGGGACCCUGUGCUGGGUGAUGAUGUUUGGGUUCCUCAGGAAAGGACAGCACAGCCUGCAGUGCCCAACCCUUUAAAACUGUCUUCUCUGAUGCUAGGAGGGCAGGGCCAGCAUCUGGACGUGGCUCGAGUGCCCUUUGUCUCCCCAAAGUCCCCUGCCAGCCCUACUGCCACUUUCCAGACAGGCUAUGGGAUGGGAGUGCCAUAUCCAGGAAGCUAUAACAACCCCCCUUUGCCCGGAGUGCAGGCUCCCUGCUCCCCUAAAGAUGCCCUGUCUUCAGCACAGUUUGCACAACAGGAGUCUGCUGUUCUUCAGCCAGCGUACCCACCUAGCCUCUCCUAUUGCACCUUGCCUCCCACAUACCCAGGAAGCAGCACUUGUUCUAGUUUACAGCUGCCACCUAUCCCCUUACACCCAUGGAGUUCAUACAGCGCCUGUCCACCAGUGCAAAAUCCCCAGGGUACUCUUCCCUCUAAACCGCAUUUGGUGGUGGAGAAGCCCCUUGUGUCCCCACCACCCACUGACCUCCAAAGCCACAUGGGAACAGAGGUGAUGGUAGAGACUGUAGACAACUUCCAAGAAGUCCUCUCCCUGACAGAAAGCCCAGUCCCCCAAAGGACAGAAAAGUUUGGAAAGAAGAGCCGGAAGCGUCUGGACAGCCGAGCAGAGGAAGGAAGUGUUCAGGCCAUCACAGAGGGCAAAGUGAAGAAGGAGGCUAGGACUUUGAGUGACUUUAAUUCUCUCAUCUCCAGUCCCCGCCUGGGAAGAGAAAAGAAGAAAGUGAAGAGUCAGAAAGACCAACUGAAGUCAAAGAAGUUGAACAAGACAAAUGAAUUCCAGGACAGCUCAGAGAGUGAGCCCGAGCUGUUCAUCAGUGGGGACGAGCUGAUGAACCAAAGCCAGGGCAGCAAGAAGGGGUGGAAGAGUAAGAGAAGCCUGCGGACAGCCAGCGAGCUGGAGGAGUUCAAGUGCCGGAAAGCCAGUGAGAAGGAAGAUGGGCGGCUGGGCAGCCAGGGCUUCGUGUAUGUGAUGGCCAACAAGCAGCCUCUGUGGAAUGAGGCUACACAGGUGUACCAGCUGGACUUUGGAGGACGGGUGACCCAGGAGUCGGCCAAGAACUUCCAGAUCGAGUUAGAGGGGCGGCAGGUAUGGAUGCUGUGGCACUGUGGCCACUGAGUGAAGGAGGUGAUGCAGUUUGGAAGGAUUGAUG